AUGUCCACUCCUGUUGGCCUUUCAUUUGAAAUUGUAGUUUUGAGAAUCAAGAAAGAUUGGAUAGUUCCAUCAAGUGGCGAAAACCUAUUACCAAAUCUUGAGUUGUUUUUAGCCUCAAAAUAUCGCGGUUCUCAACCACCAAUAUCAGAAUUCAAUGAAACAAAUUGA